ACUGUUUGGAGGGCACAUCAUGCAUUGCUGUGACGUUGCUGUAGCACACUGAAUGGAUUUCUGUACACUCCGGGUGCAUGAAACAGGCAGGUGCGGAACUGGCUAACUGCUUUCCCACAGAAUGGAUGACUUUGACUACAGCGUUCACAUAUCUGACAAAGACUGGGACGCCUUUCUAACAGAAUCUGAGGAAUGCAGUUUAUCACAGCCUUCCCUGGCCGGGUUAGAAGAGUCGUGUUUGAGUGAUGCUGAUGAUUCUGAGCUGGCCACGCCCCCCAGCAGAACAAGGCCAGUCAGGCUUCACACCUGCUCAGUGGAAACCACACUGCCUGACUUCUCCAUAAUCGACCCUCCAGACUUCUCAGGCUCUCCCAGUCAGCAAGACCAGCCCUUCUACACCUCCCAAUAUGGCAGCUACACAGGGGAAGAUGUCCUGUCGGGCAGCGACGAGGAAAUGGACCUGGAGACUGUCAACAGGUUCCUGGAAAAGUUUAAGGAAUUUACAGGUCAAGAGAAGUCUGCAAUGCAGGACCAAUCUUUUCUGGUACAUGGUUAUAGGAACCAGCCAAGCUCACCCCAGACUAGUAAUUACGAUGAUAAACCAUGUCACACAGCCUGUGAGGAGGAAUAUACUAAGCAAGGUGAUGAUUCCCAUAGAGAACGUGUAGAGACAUCACAAUUAGGGCAGUCGGGAUCAACAGGGACAUCUAACAGAGAGGAAUGUUGGCCAAUGAGUUUGAAGCUAACUUAUGAAGACUCAACUGAGAACUUUGAGUGUUUGGCCAAUGCACAAGAAGACCUCACUCAAGAGAAUGCUUCAGCAGGAGAUGAGGCUGGUUUGCAGAACUGGACAGAGCUGGCAUCCGGAUCCACAAGGACAGCUAGUAAAGACCAGAGUGGAAACAGUAAUGAAUUUCUACAGGAAGAAAACUGUUGGUCUGUAGAAGUACAACCAACCCAUAACCCCUCCAUUCAGAUAUCAGAGAAUACAGAAGAAGACUGCACUAUACAUCAGCUAAAAGAUCAUGUAUGUGGGGAUGUUUCAACAGGAGAAGCCAUUCAAAACUUACAGAACUGGACAGAUCUGUCUGGAUCAGCAGUGCCAGCCAGCAAUGAACAAGGUGCAAACAGUACUUAUUCUGAAGUGCUCAAACAAGAAGAAGCAUGCUGGCCUAUAGGAAUGGAACUAAUUCACAGUGACUCCACUGAGAAUGUUAAAACUUCUUCAAAUGCGCAAACAAACCCUCCAGUAGAAGAAUCGAUAGGCAAUGCAUUAAAGGGUGCAGCUGAAAUAGAACUUUCUGUGUCAAAGGGACCUGAUAGAAGCACCCUGUGUGAGAACUCUAAUGAAACUCCGGAACCAAAAGAAGAAUGUUGGCAUGUCGGGAUGGAACUAGCCCGUAAUGACAUCACAGAGAACAUGGAUACACAAGGAGCCCCGACAAAUCAUCAGCUGAUAGCCAAGGCUUCUGGGGACGUUACAGGUGAAAACCGUCAAGAUUUACAGAGCUGGACAGAGCAGUCUGGAUCAAAAGGGGUCACUAAUGGUGACCAGUGUGGAAACAGAAAUGAAAUGCAAGAAGAAAAAGAAGAAUGUUGGCAUGCAGGAAUGAAGUUAACCUGUAGUGACAAUAUGCCGCCUUCUGCAAAUCCACAAACAGACGUCCCAAAAGAUGAACCUACCGGCAUAGCAGCUGGAGCUGGAGAUGACACUGUUCAAGAGUCACAGACUUGGAUAGAAGUGUCUGGAUUAACCACACUUGUUAACAAUAACCCCCAGUGUGAAGACAGGAGUGAAGGGCUGCAGAGAGAAGGUUGCCCUACUGAAAUGGUUCCGACAGAGAGCAUUCAUUCUGCUUUAGACAAAAGCCAGACCAGAGAUGAAGACAGUGCACCCAGAAAGGUUUUGCCAGAUGUCACUGCAAAACAAAAUACCUUAGUAAACACUGCUUAUGUUACUGAUAUCAUACGUGAAGCAGUGUCCAGUAAUCCCACAGCUCUAGAUAAACAACCAGAAGAAAGCUCACACAGUUCUGAUCUGAAUGACAGCUUGUGUGUCACGUUUGGGGCUCCCAUUUCAAAUAGCUCUGCACAGUACAACACAUGUCAGCAAAAUUCAAUGGAUUGUGCAGUUACAGCCGGCGUGAAUAUAAGUGAUAUGACCCAUGAAGUUGCCUUUGAUGAACUCUCAGGCGAUAGCUCAUACAUUACAUUCAGGGCUUCAGUUACGAGUGACUUUGUGCCUGUGCAAGAAAGUAACAGGAAAGACCAUGUAAUCGAUGGAACAGUUUUUAAAGGUGAGCACCCCAUGCAGAUUAUAAAUCCAGAUAUUUCAAAAGCCCCAGCACCCAGUGAUCCAACGCACCCACAACCAGCUAAUGCAACCGGGUUCAGCAAGGCAGCAGAAGGGGCCUCUUUGCACCUGCAGGAAGUCCAGCAGAAUCACAUAUCUUUCAAAGAUACUUUACAUUCUGCGGAUUCCAGCGAUUCCUAUGUUCAGGAGCAUAAUGCUGGCAAGAGUGAAGUAGAUGAUACUGCCAGUAAUCCAGGUUCAAAGCCAUGUGCUGUCAUUCAAGACAGAGCAGUGCGCCGAAAUUCAGCUGAGCAUUCAAAUGUAGCGAAGCCACCCCAGGUUCAUGCAAUCUCACGGUUCUGGGACGUGAUGGAAAAGCUGACAAUAAAUGAUAUUUUAUAUAUCAAGGAGCUGAACAAUAGUAAGCAAGCAAGGGAGGUCCCUGUGCAUGAAAACACAAAGCCAGAAGUUUCAGACACAGCAGAUUGUGGGUAUUCCACACAUCUGGAAGACGACAGGCGUGAUACAUCUUAUGGGAAUGAUAUCUCAGUUACUUCAGAUUCAGAAGACUUUUUACCAAUGCAGGAAACUAAAGCAGAUCGCAUUCUAGACUUCAUGCAGUUUGUAGAACCGCAAGAUAUUCCCAUAACCUCCAGUUUCAGUGAGAAUGAUGAGGCUCAGCUGUGGAGGAGAGUAUCAGAAACCGGUUUGAAAGAGGCAGCACAGUUUGCAGGAGCUGGAAUCCCUGACCCGACUACAGCUCCUUCAGAAUCUGUGGAUGAAAAAUGUUUUGGUGGGAUUUGCAAAGAUAUAAGCGUGAAGUCAUUAAGAGCAUUAGAAAUCCAAGCAAGUAAACAAAAUGAACGCAAUGUCAACGAAUGUCUUCUCUUGCAGUCCUGCAAAGAUGAAGCUAAAAAUGCUUGUCUCUCUGCUGUGAAUCGUCCAAGCCUUGAAGACAGCAGUAACCCAAUUGUAGUUCCUCCACUUAUUUGUUCUGCCUCAGACUUACCUGACAAAGAGAGCUUUAAGAUUUCAAUACCCGAAAUCUUUGGGUAUCUUUUCGGCCGCAGUCGACAUGGAAAUGAUGCAUGCCCUGUUUCUAAUACAGAACACUCAACCAUGUCAGUUAAGGAUCAGGAGCUGUGCAAUCUCUCCGUACCUGAGAUGUAUGAUUACUUUUUCUCUGAGUUUGAGGCAGGAGGUGAGGUGCGGAGUGAGGGGAAUACACCUGCACCUAUUUUCCCACUCUCAAGGUCGUUCGACAAGGCUCUGACCGUCCCCGAGAUGUACGAUUACUUUUUCCCUGAAGAAGACGGAGAGGAUCUUCAUGAAGACGAAAGCGAGGAAGACUCUGGCCCUAUACAUGUAGUGACACGUGUUGACCAUAGUGAUCAUGAAGCCACUUUCGUGUCUGUCCCAGAGGCGUAUGAUUACUUCUUCAGUAACAAAGAAAGAGAGGGAGAUUUAUUUGGGAUGUUCACCACAUCGCUGCGGAGAAGACAUUUCACUACAGGGAUUAAAAAAGCCCUUGCAGGCAUCAUGUGCAUGGUGCAGAGGGACAAAACAGAGGAACAGCCCAAAAACAAGUUGCAUCCAUCCAGGGCUGGGAAGAAUGAAAACCAGGAUCUCUCUGCACUGCAAAUAAAAUUCCCUGAAUACGAGGUACUGAGAUAUAUUGAAGAACAAACAAGAAAGUCAGCUGAGGCUAGAGUGGCAGCAGCAGUACCAAGAAAAGGAAAUGUCCUUAUGACUCUUGAUCCGUCUGACAUGGGUUUAGUUUGCAUAGCCUUUGCAUCCUGGGUAAUUAAAUCUGCUAAUCCACAUUCUCCAGACUUGUGGAAAACUGCUUUGCUGGCAAAUGUUAGUGUGAUCUCUGCAAUUCAAUACCUCAGAAGAUAUGGGAAGGAUGAAAACCCAAAGUAUUUGUAACUGUUAACCCCUCGUGUGACUGCUUGUUUUUUUUUUUAAUAACGAAGCAUGUUAAGUUUAUAUUCAUGUUAUUAGGUGUAUAGAGUUAAAAAAAAUAUAUGUAUAGCUAAAAUAUUUUUGUAAAAACAGAAAUUUGUAAUACAGGAUGUGUCCAAAUUCUUAAAUCAGCCAAAUGUAUAUUUUUGUAUGAAGUUAUGAUUAUAUUAGGAAAAUAAGAACAUUGUUCAGAAAGGUUUGAUGACGGUAUUUGUGUGAUGCAAUAUGUACGUAUUUAUUGAAAUAAUGGUGCUCGGAGAUGGGUUUAAGUCUGCAUUGUUUAGAGUAUUCUAUUUUAAAUCCUUAAUUAACAGAAUAAUGUGUUUAUAACUGAAGGGAUUAGAAAUAUUGAUAUUAAAUUCAAUAACGUUUCGACUAGAAGCCUUUUUUGUCAUUGAAUUUCAGUUUGGUCUAGUAUUUCUACAUUCCGCACUACACAUAGGAUUGUCUGAAUAGUUCUGAAUGCUAUAACUAAAGAGAAAAACAUAACGGGAAUUGAAAUAACCGAAAGGGAUUAACGUGGUCCAGCCAGGUCAGCAGAAGUUUGUUGAACUUUCAAUAAAAUACAAAUCGCAUUAUUAGAAAAACGUGGGGCUCUAUUAUGUAACUGGCUCACUAUGGGUUGCACCAGGUAGGUUAGCAGGAUUGAAGGAACAUCUGCAUGGGGUUGUUGGCAGGGAUUCCGUGGGUAUUUGAAAACGCGGUUAAGGAUGUAAGUAUUUUGGAGAAAACUAUGCAUUAUCUGUUAUAUUAUAUUAUAUAUAUAUAUAUAUAUAGAUAGAUAGAUAGAUAGAUAGAAGAUUUACACUGUCUUACAAUAUCCCCUAACUGUGAUUGUGUGUGCAUCAAGUUUUCUGAAUGUAAUGACUGACUGUGUUACAGGCUUCAGAACAUUUCGCUACCAGACAGUUUGACAGUUUGUCUUGUUUUUGCAUUGAACUAUUUCUGCAUCAUAGCUUGGUAUAUUUUGCACAUCCUCCACAUUGGGCUUCUUCACCCUGUAUUGCCUUUUGUGCACAGCUGUAUAGAUUUGCAUUUGUUUUCAUUGUGUACAUGAUUAAUGCUUUCAACCAGUCAUGUAACAGAGCAGAACCCAUUGUACAGGUCAAGUGCAAAUCCCUGGGCUCUCAAUAGAUGGCAGCAGAAGCCUCAUUACCCACUCUACAGGUAUUUGCUAGAAAGUGACUUAGUUUCUGGCCAUCACCGGCUGUCAAGAUAAAAGUUGUAAUUAUACAGGUUUCCCGUUUCUGAACACUAUAUACAAUAAUGAUCAGAGCCAUUUGGAAUCCCAAAGUUGUCCAAAUAUGAUAAUGUUGUCCAGACUGAGAAGAAACCUUGGGCGUUCGAAUGAUUAUAAACCCUCUGACAUUAUCCAGCGUAUACGCUUAUGUGCUGUUUUUCCUUUAUAAUAAUAAAGUGACACUGAAAACCA